AUGUUUCCCAGAGGGCGGGGUGUUUCGUCGCCCCGGGCUACUAAGCAAUGCCCUGCGGAUGCAGCUGCUACGCCCCGCCGUGCUUUGUGCUCUGACCGAGGGGAGACGGCGGCUGAUCUCUCGAAACGCAGUCCUCUGAGUUUGUCAAGUUGGGAAUCCGGAUCGAGAGGACGCCAUGAUGGGGACUUGGUGCUCGAACCUGGGGCGGAAGUCACGGCCUCUUGCUCGCCGGGGCAAAAGAUGCUGGACCGAGAAGAUGAUGAUGCCCCAGGCGGCGCAGGCGGCGCAGGCGGCGCAGACGUCGCCCGUACGAAAAGCAAGCGAGCUUCUUCUGCAGGGCAUGGCCGCUGGAGGCUGCUGUACUUGUCAACCGCUGCACCACGCGCCGAAACACGGAGCACGGAGUACACUGGGUGGUAUUUGGCUGUUUCAUAUUUGGGGCGUGGAGGCUGGGAGCAUGGAGGAGCAUGCAAGUCGCUGGAAGCUUCCUCGCCUGGCAAUCACUUAUCCAAGGCAAGAUAG